GUUGGCAAAUAGUCUCGUUUCCAAGUAAGGAUUGUCUACGACGUGACAAGAAAAGUUCUAACUUAAGCCUAGCGAUAUCAUAACUUUACUAAAUUAACCUUAAGUAACAGUAUAUAGUAUUAUUUAUUACUUAUUUUAACAUAAACCGGUUGUAAUUUCAAUUGUCGAUCCGCGUAGGAAUAACUGACAAUCGGUCGAUUCUCGUAUAAUCUGCCAGUUGAAUCAUCUUACAUGUGGUGUUCGCCGGCAAAUCUUUAAGAAUAGAGCGUACAGAAGAUCGUAAAAUAUAGAUUUAACAUACUCAAUUAUAAGCAACAAUGCAUCAAGAAACUCUUCAACUGAUUCAAAUUUUAGAGAAGACUGUUUCUCCGGAUAAAAAUGAACUAGAGCAAGCAUCUUCGUUCUUGCAGCAGGCAGCUGCAACUAAUUUAUUAGGUUUUAUUAAAACUCUCUCGGAUAUCCUUCGUCAUGGAGGUAAUGGGCAAGUGGCACGAAUGGCAGCUGGCCUGCAACUCAAGAAUCAACUCACAUCUAAAGAUCAUAAUAUUCGACUUCAGUAUCAGCAGAGGUGGUUAGAUUUUCCAGAGGAUAUUCGAAGCUAUAUAAAGAAAAAUGUUUUGGGUGCCUUGGGCACAGAAACGAACCGACCAUCCUCUGCAGCACAAUGUGUAGCUUACAUAGCCGUCGCAGAACUGCCUCAAGGGCAAUGGCCCGAACUUAUUCAAAUUUUAGUCAACAAUGUCGUUCAGGCCACAUCAGAAAUGCAAAAGGAGGCUACAUUAGAAAGCAUUGGAUAUAUUUGUCAAGAAAUAGAUUCUGAUGUUUUGGUCUCGCAGUCUAAUGAUAUUCUCACAGCAAUCGUACAUGGAAUGAGACCCAGUGAAUCAAGCAAUCAUGUACGAUUUGCAGCUACCCAAGCUUUACUUAAUUCUUUGGAAUUUACAAAAGCCAACUUUGAUCAACCAACUGAAAGAAAUUACAUUAUGGAAGUUGUAUGCGAGGCAACUCAGUCCUCAGACACCCAAAUUAAAGUGGCAGCACUUCAGUGUCUUGUUAAAAUAAUGUCAUUGUAUUAUCAACACAUGGAAACUUACAUGGCACCCGCCUUAUUUCCCAUAACCCUUGAAGCUAUGAAAUCUGAAAAUGAUGCCGUUGCUCUCCAAGGUAUUGAAUUCUGGUCAAAUGUCAGUGAUGAGGAAGUUGAUCUUGCUAUUGAGGACACUGAGGCACAGGAAGCUGGAAGACCACCUUGCAGAGUGUCAAGGCACUAUGCCAAGGGUGCCCUCCAAUAUAUUGUGCCCAUUCUCCUUCAAAAACUAACCAAGCAGGAAGAGCUGGAUGAUGAAGAUGACUGGAAUCCUAGCAAAGCAGCCGGUGUCUGUCUCAUGUUGUUAGCCACCUGCUGUGAAGACGAGAUUGUGUCCCAUGUGCUACCAUUCAUUAAAGAAAACAUCAAAUCUGACAAUUGGCGCUUUAGAGACGCUUCCCUAAUGGCUUUUGGAUCCAUAUUGGGCGGUCUGGAAAGUAGUACUUUAAAGCCAUUAGUGGAGCAAGCAAUGCCUACUUUAAUCGAGCUCAUGUAUGACAGCAGCGUAACUGUCAGAGAUACAGCUGCUUGGACUUUCGGGCGGAUAUGUGAAAUUAUCCCAGAAGCGGCCAUCAACGAAACAUUCCUCAAGCCGCUUUUGGAAAGUCUUAUAACCGGCCUAAAGGCUGAGCCACGGGUGGCGGCCAACGUGUGUUGGGCGUUCUCGGGCCUAGCCGAGGCCGCUUAUGAAUCGGCUUCAUCCGAAAGUGGUUCUGGCGAUUUUGGUGCUCCAAAAACAUACGUUUUGUCUCAGUACUUUGAAUUUAUCGUACAAAGAUUAUUGGAAACAACAGACAGGCCUGACGGAGCUCAAGCGAACUUAAGACCGGCUGCGUACGAAGCUUUAAUGGAAAUGGUUAAGAAUUCUCCCAGGGAUUGUUAUGUCACAGUGCAGAAGACGACCAUGGUGAUUUUGGAGAGAUUGCAGCAGGUCCUCCAAAUGGAAUCACACAUCAGCAGUCACAGCGAUCGUUCCCAAUUCAACGAUUUACAGUCGCUGCUCUGCGGCACUUUGCAAUCCGUCCUGCGCAAAAUGACACCCGAUGACGCCCCUCAAAUAUCAGAUGCCGUUAUGACUGCCUUGCUAACCAUGUUUAAUUCCAAUAAAAGCGGCGGAGUUCAGGAGGACGCUUUGAUGGCGGUUUCGACGCUUGUCGAAGUGCUGGGUGAGGGCUUCAUAAAGUACAUGGACGCUUUCAAGCCCUUUUUAUAUUUGGGAUUGAAAAAUCACCAGGAAUAUCAAGUUUGUGUUACCGCUGUCGGUCUGACUGGGGACAUUUUCCGGGCGCUGAAGUUGAAGGCGUUGCCCUAUUGCGAUGAGAUCAUGACCCUGCUCUUAGAAAACUUGGGAGAACCGACUGUACACAGGAGCGUGAAGCCUCAAAUAUUGUCCGUUUUCGGGGAUAUUGUUCUGAGUAUAGGAUCAGAGUUCAAGAAAUAUUUGGACGUAGUACUGGCAACGUUGGUGCAAGCUUCAGCAGCGCAGGUGGAUCGCAAUGAUUUUGACAUGAUCGAUUAUCUCAACGAGCUACGCGAGGGUGUGCUAGAUGCGUAUACUGGCAUCAUCCAAGGGUUGAAGGGUGAUGGGCUUACACCGUCACCGGACGUCGCCCUGCUAGAACCUCAUAUUCCAUUCAUCAUCCAGUUUAUCAUGACGGUAGCCCAAGAUGCGGAGCAUUCUGACGCUACUGUCGCAGUGGCCGCUGGCAUUGUCGGGGAUCUUUGCUUAGCCUUUGGCCCUCCCAUGCUUCCUUUGUUGGACUUGGACCCCAUCAAUGAGAUGAUGACGCAGGGAAGGCGGUCAAGGAUUUCACGCACCAAAACUUUGGCAACGUGGGCUACCAAGGAGCUGCGCAAACUGAAGCAGGGCGUCCAGACGUCGGCUCCCGCAGCCAGUUGAUUUCGCGGCUAGUUAAGAAGCGAGUAGUGUUGAGGGCGAUCGACGGACUGACAUGGUACUGUUGUUCCCGGUACUCUUUUCAGUUGUGCCGCGCGAGUGACUGAGACUGACUAAAAAACGUGUGAAACAAUAAAAAUUUUCUGUAAUCAUUUUACAAUAUCAGGUUUGAUGAUUGUGACGUUUGCGUUUUCACUGCAAAACGUAUCAACAAACAAUUUGUCCAGACAUAGUAACCGUUUACUGGUUAACCGGUUACGCACUUUUUAUUGUUUUUUUUUUUAUAUAGGACAAUUAUUGUAAACAUUUUAAAAUAUUUCAAAAACUGCGAUUGUUUGUUGAAACGUUUUUCAUUUUUAAUCAUUUUAGAUCAAACAAAAUAUGGUAUAUUGCUAUUCCUUUAAAAAUGUAAUAACCGUGGAGUUAAUAUUUUCCCUGCUGCGUUACUUUAUUAAUUUCACUGACCAACACCAAAGAAUACGAACUCUUACCACCACAUUUUGUUCGAUCGGAUCUGAUUAAAAUUUCAUUUACACUUCUUUUGCCGGAUGGUUGAUAUCGAAAUUUCGCCACGCCAACCAAAUGGUUUUGGACUUUCGAUGUUUCCUUUUUCCGGCAAAAAUUCCAGUUCGAUGAUGAAUUUAUGAAUAUGCUCAGGAAAAUAUGGGAGUGGUUUGUUUUGGUGCGAGAUUUUCAUGAUGUGAGACUCGUGCCUUGCGUGGGUGGAUGCUGCUCGCUGGUGGAUCAUAUAAGUGGCCCGUGUACUAGAGUUUUUCUCAAACAGUAAUGAAAUUUAUAUACAAUUCGUGUCAAAUUGGUGUUGCAUUGUACGAAAACUUAACUCCAUCUGAAAUAAAUGGUAUGUAGGUUAAGUUUUUUUUUUCUUUUAAUGCAAAUCCGAUUUGACAUGUUCGAAACCUGCGGCCGGGUAAUUUUUUUCGUUCUUACGCUCUAAAACGAUUAUGUCAAAACAUUCUUCCAUCAGUGGCGGAUGCGUGGGAAAUGCCAAUGGGUUGGGCGAACUUAACAAUUAUAGAAUCUGUGAUUUGGGGACGUUUCCGUUAUAGUUGCCAAAAACGUGAAUUCCAUUAGUUUUGUAAUAAAGUCAAUAUCAGAGUAAUUUUUACGAGAGGAAACCUCCCCAAUAUUAAAAGUAAUUAUAAUUCCGGGUAAUUAUAAUUAUCGAUUCCUCGUAUGUGUGAUAUUUUGUCGCGGGGCAAAAGGGUCGGCAAUGCGCGGGGCAAUUUUUUUUUUAAGCGGUAUACGUAAUUUUAUAAAUGCCCACUAGGCACCUCCAUGUCGCGCGUACUUGUCGGCUCGCGCCCCCGGCGUAUAAAAGGCUGUAUGAAAACUAGAAUGUAAGAAGUGCGAUCGUUAUUUUGUAUGUAAGUAUAUUGCGUAUGAUGUAAGUAUAUUUUUGAAUAUUUUUUUAAUUUUAGAAUCGUUAGGAUUUUCCCGCUAAAAUGUGGCCUAAAUUGUAUUUCCGUUGAUAUUUUCUUAUUUCGGAUUGUAUGAGUAUAACUUGCUGAUUAUCAAAUUGCCCUUUCUGGAUUGGCAGAUUAAUGUCCGACAUGCGUAUUGCUUUAUUAGUUACCAACUCUGCUCGAACUCGAGAGAAACAAUUUUUUUUCCCAAUAAAAAAUGGCUACGGUUAUAUUUAGUUUUCCGUUACAUAGGGCAUUUAAAUAAUCUGUCAGUUCAGUUUUGAGUUGGCGGUAUUUUCUAUAAAUAUGGGAGAUAUCAAAAUAUCGUUUAAUACGGGUUGCGUUUGAAUUCCUUCCAAACUAUUAUCCUCCAACUCAAAAAAAGAACGUCCUCCUGAAGCAACUGCAUCUAUUUGGAGUGAGUAAAGACCGUGUGCCGAAACGUGUUCCUUCGUGAAGAAGUCCGUGAGUUCAAUGAAAGGUGGAAGGAAGGUGUACAGUGUUGCUUGGAUGUUAUCGUUUUGAUUGUGCCAUGAUUGUUAAUCCGUUAUAAUCAUCCUCAUUAAAAGCCGAUGUUUCGACAAUAGUUACAUCGUCUUAAGUGUGCAAAUGAAGACUGAACCCUUAUGAUAGUGUAAGUUAAGCUCAAGUGCCGUUUGAAAGAUGUAUACUGAUGCGGCCGAUUCCAAAAAUUUUUCUUAUUGUCGAAUGUCGGUUGAUUAUUGUUUUCUUUUAAGUUUACUUUGUCCGCAGAAGAAUUAGCAAUGUUACCAUGUUUGGAGGUCCGGCUACGAAUUUUCCGAAUUUUUUUUUACGUUCUUGCUCAUUUGUCUUAUAUACUUAGUUUUUCCUGUGCACACUCCUUUUGGUUUAUUUCCGCAACAGAAUCAGACUCGAAGGAUAUUUUGUAGUUGUCAUAUCAAAUAUAAUAAAAAUACUUCAUUUUAAA